AUGGGACAACUUGCUAGUGCCCAAAAUACUCGACCAGUUGGAGCUCUUCCAAGCAACACUGAGGCUAAUCCUAAGGCAUCUAUUAAUGUUGUAUCAUUGAGAAAUAGGAUACAGUUAGAAGAAGUCCGGUCGAAAAAGAGAAAACAAGUGAUCUUUAAUGAGAAGCUGGCAACUAUCGAGUCAGAAUUAGAAAAAUCAAAGGAUUCAGAGAAGCCAGCUGAAGAGGCGAUAGCUAAGCAACCCCCACCAUUAGUUGUGAGACAUCCUGCAAAAAGUGCCCAAAUAUGCAAAAGCAUAGUGGCAAAUAAAAGGAGGUUGACUGAAUUUGAGACUGUGGCACUCACUGAGGAAUGUAGCUCUAGAAUCCAAAGCAAGCUACCUCAAAAAUUGAAGGAUCCGGGUAGUUGCACUAUCCAAAUCUCGAUUGGUAAGCAUGUAGUCGGGCCAGCUUUGUGUGAUCUUGGAGCGAGCAUCAAUUUGAUGCCGCUAUCUAUGUUCAAACAAUUGGGUUUGGGUGAUCCAUGCCCAACAACAGUAAUCUUACAGUUGGCUGAUCGCUCCCUUGCUCACCCUGAAGGAGUGAUUGAAGAUGUGUUAGUUCAAGUGGGCUCUUUCAUAUUCCCUGUUGAUUUCAUUAUCUUGGACUACGAGCCUGAUCAGGAGUCCUAUUUAUUUUGGGGUAUCCAUUAUUAG